UUGAAUUUAGCCCGCGGCAGAAGGCGGCUCGCGAUUGGCUGGCGCGCGGUCACGUGGGCGGGAGGGCCGCGAGCGCGGUCCGGCGGGGCGGGCGCGCGGCCAUAUUGGAUCGGUGCGGAGCCGGCGGAGGAGGAGGCGACGGCGGUCGGUCCGUCCGUCCGUGCGUCCGCCUGUCCGUCGGUCCCCGCCUGCUGCCCGCCCCGCCGGUGUCCUCCCGCCGCGCCCCCUCUCCAUGGCCGACCCCACGCCGCCGCGGACCCGCGGCCCAGCCGUCGCCGCGAUGCCGCAGAGCCCGACGCGCAUCUCCCGCCUGCAGGAGAAGGAGGAGCUGCGGCAGCUGAACGACCGCCUGGCCGUGUACAUCGACAAGGUGCGGAGCCUGGAGACGGAGAACAGCGCGCUGCAGCUGCAGGUGACCCAGCGGGAGGAGGUGCGGGGCCGCGAGGUCACCGGGCUCAAGGCGAUCUACGAGGCGGAGCUGGCGGACGCGCGGCGGGCGCUGGACGACACGGCGCGGGAGCGCGCCAAGCUGCAGAUCGAGCUGGGCAAGCUGCGCGCCGAGCACGAGCAGCUGCUGGGCAGCUAUGGAAAAAAGGAAUCUGACCUCAGUGGAGCCCAGGUCAAACUUCGUGAGUUUGAAGCAGCCCUGAAUUCUAAAGAAGCUGCGUUGGCCACAGCCCUUGGUGAUAAGAAAAGUCUGGAGGGAGAAAUUGAAGAUUUGAAAGAUCAAAUUAGAGAGCUUGAAGCUUCUUUAGCUGCUGCCAAGGACCAGCUUAUAAACGAAACCUUGCAGAAAGUGGACCUUGAAAACCGUUGUCAGAGCCUCAUUGAGGACCUGGAAUUCCGUAAAAAUAUGUAUGAGGAGGAAAUCAAUGAGACAAGAAGGAAGCAUGAAACUCGCCUGGUGGAGGUUGAUUCUGGGCGUCAGAUUGAAUACGAGCACAAACUGGCCCAGGCCCUCCACGAGAUCCGUGAGCAGCACGAUGCACAAGUGAAGCUGUACAAACAAGAGCUCGAAGACACUUACCAUUCCAAACUGGAGAGUGCCAGGCUGUCCUCGGAGAUGAGCAGCUCUGCAGCCAACACCAUCAGGGAGCAGCUGAACGAGAGCCGCAUGCGCAUCGACAGCCUGUCCUCCCACAUCACCAGCCUCCAGAAAGAGUCCAGAGCAUGGCAGGACAGAGCACAGGAGCUGGAGAGCAGCUUGGCCCAGGAGCAGGAAAACUGCCGCAAAACACUGGCAGAGAAGGAGAAGGAAAUUGCAGAGAUAAGAAAUCAGAUGCAGGAGCAGCUGACUGACUACGAGCAACUCCUGGAUGUUAAACUGGCACUUGACAUGGAGAUCAAUGCAUACCGGAAAUUGCUGGAGGGUGAAGAGGAGAGGCUGAAGCUGUCCCCCAGCCCCUCUUCCCGGGUGACCGUCUCGCGCGCCUCGUCCAGCCGCAGCGUCCGCGUGGCCGGCGGCAAGAGGAAGAGGAUUGAUGUGGAGGAGUCCGAAGCCAGCAGCAGCGUGACCAUUUCCCACUCUGCCUCUGCCACAGGGAACGUGUCCAUCGAGGAGAUAGAUGUGGAUGGGAAGUUCAUCCGCUUGAAGAACACCUCUGAGCAGGAUCAACCUAUGGGAGGUUGGGAGAUGAUCCGAAAAAUAGGAGACACUUCUGCAAGUUACAGAUAUACCUCAAGAUAUGUACUAAAGGCAGGCCAGACUGUUACAAUCUGGGCUGCAAAUGCUGGAGUAACUGCGAGCCCUCCCACUGACCUCAUCUGGAAGAACCAGAAUUCCUGGGGCACCGGUGAAGAUGUGAAAGUUGUGCUGAAAAAUUCUCAGGGAGAGGAGGUUGCUCAGAGAAGCACUGUGUUUAAAACAACAGCACGUAAAGGGGAAGAUGAGGAAGUUGAGGAAGAAGUAGCUGAAGCUCUGGAUGAGGAAGACAUUUACCGUCAGCAGCAGGCAGAGCAAAGAGCAGCCAACAGAAGCUGUGUGGUCAUGUGAAAUUCCAGCCACUCCAGGCUCCUCCAGCCGUGGUAAUCCCUGCCUGCAGAACAGAGCCUUCUGAGAAGCACAACCUUAUUUUCCUGUCUGUGAAUUUUUAAAGCUGCGAGUCUGAUGGCCUUAAAUUUCCUCUGCCAGUGAAGGAAGGAAAAAAAAAAAGAAAAGAAAAAAGAAAAAGGAAGGUUUGUCACAAGCAUCUUGAUUUCCUUGCAGGAUGUGAGCUGGUAGCUCCUGACAAGGAGAAUUAACCUGAUGCUCCUGUGUCUCUCUCAGAUUUAUACACCAGUCUCUCUUCAUUGAAACCUUGCUGGAGUAGGAAUAUUCCAGUGUGUUUUGGGGAUCGAUUUUUUUUAGAUUAUACCACUCUAGACUAGUUGCUACGACCUCUUUGUAAUUUAGGUGCUGUUGGGGAUUGGUUUAGAGCUUCUAAUUUUGGAAGAGGAUUCAUGUUACACUUUGUAGUUGUGUUGUUAAGAUAGUGUUACCAGCUUAAAUUUUCUGUGUUUUUUUUCUAACAAAUUAGGAAGCUGUUUUAAUAUGGAUUGCCUUACUUGUUUACAAUUUUUAGUAACACAACAAAGUCUCUAGAGGUCUAGUCUACAUUUGUAUGGGAAACAGUUGUAAUUUUGCCAAUGUUGAAAGUUUUUCUGUCCUUUUCACAUUAUUCCAAUGUCUGGAAAACAUUUUAAUAAAGUAUGUCUGUGCUACA